CAGAGUACUUUCAGCUGAGUCGACAGAAACAAGUAUUGCAUAGGAUAAUAAUAUAAUAAUAAUAAUAAACUGCACAGGGCCUCUAUUUUAAUGCGACAGUCGGUGAGUCGAUUAUAUCAUGGUUCAGUAACAACAGUAAGGAGUGGGCGGACGGAGGACUGUCCAUGAACACGGAAAAAAAUAAAUGUGGAUCUAUAAUGUGGAUAUUUGAACGCACAGAAAUUUGUCGAAUAAUCUAUCAGGAGCUGGAAAAUACUCAAGAAAAAGCAACUAAGUCGGGCGAGGCAAGUUUCAUUUCGGCGGUGGGCUUUUCUAACCGGAGUUCAUCUACCUGAGUCACCUGUUGGAGCCGCUCUCAGUGUCAUCAGUCCAGUUUUUCAAAAGGAAAAAGAAUCUGCAGUGAAGCCAUGGCCCCGACCAGUGCUCCAAAAGGAUGUGGUUCCAGCAUCAGCUCCAUAUAUUACAACCUGUGUGACCUGACUACAGUGUGGGGAGUUGUGGUGGAGGCCAUCGCUGCUGCUGGUGUGGUAACGUCUUUUGUCCUGUUCAUCAUCCUCAUGGCCUCCUUACCGUUUGUGACGGACAAGAAGAGAAAGGGUAUGGUGGCCCUGCAGGCGGGCAUUCUAGUCUCCACUCUGGGACUCUUUGGACUCACUUUUGCCUUCAUCGUGGGCCGGUACUCCACCAGCUGUGCUGCACGCAGGUUCCUGUUUGGAGUACUGUUCUCAGGUUGUCUAGCCUGCCUGGCGAUGCAUGGGCUGUGGCUCACCCUGCUGGAGCGGAGAGGCCGGGGGCCCAGGAGUUGGAUGCUAUGCCUGGGAGCCCUGGGAUUGUGGCUGGUUGAGGUGAUCAUCAACACUGAGUGGCUUGUGAUUACUGUGGUCAGGAGCCCACCCGGAGGCAUCAUUGUCCCUGACCUGUCCUGCAGCAUUGCUAACCAAGAUUUUGUGAUGGCACUCAUCUAUGUAAUGGUUCUGCUGCUAGCUGUGGUGUUCAUGGCUGUGCCCUCACUGACACACAAGCACAAGCAGUGGCGCCGAGAUGGGGCUUUCAUCCUGGUUACAGGGCUAAUCACCAUUGCUAUCUGGGCAGCUUGGAUUGCCAUGUACAUCCAUGGGAACAGAGUGGUUGGGAGUCCCAGCUGGGACGAUCCUACUCUAGCUGUAGCUGUGGUGUCAAAUGCCUGGGUGUUCCUCUUCCUCUACACCAUCCCAGAAAUCUGCUUACUGACCCAGGUGGAUCCAGAUCAGGAGCAGCCUCCCGAUGGAGAACAAGUCUAUCCUGCCAGGAGCCUGAUUUAUGACAACAUCCUUAAGGAGCCGGAGCCACCCCACCAAAAUGUGUACAUGGAGAAUAAAGCUUUCUCUAUGGAUGAGCCUCCAACAGUGCCCACAAAACCAGUGUCUCCAUAUGGGGCUUACAAUGGUCAAGUACGAAGCUGUGUGUACCAGCCCACAGAAAUUGCCCUGAUAGCCAAGGGUCUGACAAAGAUGGACCAAGAAGCUAUGAUCCCUCGAGUCACAGCCCCCUCUUUGAAUCCAGGAAGUAGCAGCUCUCUGCCUCGUUCAGCCGAGUCCUGACCAUCCUAAGGACUGUCACACACAGGCAGACUGUUGAGAACAAAUCGCACACUCGGUUGUUACCACUAUGAAAUAAAUCUGCACCAGGGGUUUGUUUAGCAUGAGAGUUUCUAGUAGCAAAUGUAUCGUAUACCGCUUUCUCUUCCUUAGGAAGAUGCUUUAAAUAAUCAUCAUGGUAAAUCUCCAGCAAUUUUCAGUAAUAUAACCUAGAUCCUUUUACAGACUUCCUAAUUUUGUCUUAUAAUUUAAUUCCUCUGCUCAUGCACUGCUUGUCUAUUCUGUAUGUACAAAGGCUGCGUAUCAUAAAUAAAAGAUUACAGUGACUGGAGAUGUGCGGCUGGUAGAGCCUAAUGUAUUCAUAGCCAAUACAAAGAUUUCCAUAUGGAAAAGUUGUGCCCCAGCUCCUGUUUCAUUUUCAUUCUUACUGUAUGGAAACCAGUGCUUUAAACCUUCUACUGUGAGCUCUUAAGCAGCUCUGCUCACUUGUUGCUUCACUUAUUGGACGCCCAUGAAACACAAUCAUCCAAGAGAAAGAGCGGAAUGCAUCUAUCUCUGUGAGAAAGUGAAGAUCAAAAAGUGCUGUGUACUCUUUUUCAAAAUCUAAAAUCCAAAGAAGAACAAAAUGUAAAAUUCUAAGGUGACCCACUGUAGGUUGGUGGUAGAGAAACUGUAGAUGAGGGUCAGGUACAGGAAGUUUAAAAGAAAAGUGGUUUAACAGACUAGCCUUUGUUGUGUGCACUGUCUUGUUAUGAAUCUGCUGCCUGUCAUUUACUUUUCAUUUCACUAUUGCUUAACACAAUUUGUUCACUUGUGAAUGAUGUGAUUCACACUUCCUCUAAAAGCCAUAUGAUUUUGUAGUGUCUUGGAUUUAUAAAGAAAUUCAAUUUUAUAUUAAACGUAACCUCUAACUUGUUAAACCUGUGAAGAUUACUUAAAUCCUGUGAAGCUAUUCCAUGGACUGUAACAGGUAACAACUCAUGAGG